CUUCAAUUUAAGAAACUCCCCUUUAGAAUUUAAACGUUCAAAAUGUUGAAAACAUUUGUUUUACAUAAUCUGUGUUUUAUUCUCCAUGGAUUUAUUAUCUUAAUCUCUUUUAAUUACGUGAAUGGCUAUUCUAGUUUUUGGGCGCCAUUGUACGACCCUACUAUUUUAAAUCACCGCGUAAAUGCAAAAUUCGAACCAAAUUUGGACAAAAAAGUGAUAGAUGAAUAUAAAAAUGUCAAUGGAUAUAGAAGUGAAAAAUUGAUUGCUAAUUUAGGUAACGGCAAAGGAGUUAACAACUUCAUGCAAAAUGGGAUACAAGAACCAGUUUCAGUUUAUUACACUUAUAGAGGAGCACAUAAUUGAAUAAUUGCAGCAGAUCAGAUUUCGCAUCCAUGUGAUGAUACAUUGAAUACUCAGUUACACGAAGGAAACUUAGGAGAGACAGCCACGUUUCCGUGGCUAGGAGUUUUGAGGGUUCAUUUGCACGAAGGAGACAAAAUAAAAAUAGCUGUCACAGGUCUUGUUUACAUCAAAGAAAAAUAUGCAUUGGGAAACGCUGACGACAUCGGCAGAAUACCUCAAUAUAUUUUGAAACAAGACAGCAAAGCUAUGUUCAUAGCUUCAGACAAUAAGCCGUGGUAUGCCAAGAUCAAGGACUACAUGACCCAUCCCGAGUACGAAUACGCCACAAUGAAUACGAUUGCUGUUUUGGAAUUUGAUAUGGAAGAUGAAAAUCACAUUUACCUACCGCCGAUCUGCAUUCCCGGAUAUUCUUUUAACGCUUCAAAUCAACUUUAUGCCGCCGGCUACACCGAUGAAAACAUGUUUUUGGAGAAAACAUUACACAAACUGCAAUAUGUAAACAAAGAUAUAUGCGAUGAAUUCUACAAUCGAGCUAAGCUUUCAGAAGGCUUGAAAGAACCGAAGCAUUAUCUUUGUGGUUUCGCUGUAAACAACAAGAAAGACUGCGUUUGGGAGAACGGGAUGGUGCUGGCCUCGAAUUCAAGCGGAAAAUGGCAUUUGAUCGGUCUAAGCAUCAAGGGUCCAGGGUGUGCAGCACCAGCGAGAUUCAUUGACAUAAUACCGUACCUUCAGUGGGUAGACACGGUUACAUCCUUGGAGGAAUCAUAUGAUUACUCGUUUAGGCGUUCUGGAAAUAAUAAAGAUUUUAAGAAAGACAUUGAAGACAUACCGGCUCACGUGUUGUUCAGAAGUAAUAACAUCACCGAAGCGAAGAGCGGUCCCAUGCUUUCAAAUCUGUAUCCAUUCGACGUGGAUGCAUUCAAGUAUCUUGACGUCACAAGGAUAGACAAAGACGCCAUUGCUGUUACGACUUUCAAUACGAAAUACGAGACUAGGAAAGGUGAUUGCGAAAAGUACACUGAGCUAGUCUACCAUGAGAAGACGAGGGUCUUGGCUCCGGGUAUUAGAGGCACAGCUUCUUAUAAGCUUUCACUGUAUGAUAUGAUGGUGAUGAACUAUACGUGCGUCAAAAUAGAGAUCAGAGCCACGAAUCGAUCCGCAGCGCAUCUUUACUACAAAACUUAUCUGGACAUGAAAGAAGGCACCGCUUUCGCUGCCAACGGAGAAACACCAUCCGAGAUCAUCAAAGUGCACCCUAUAGAUAAACUGCAAACAGCCAAGCCACUAAAUAAAACUGACAUUUGGAAGCCGAACGCCAACUUCGAACCGCGCUUCGUGGUCGACGAAAAUUUACGACUGAACAUCCCUAACGUCAAUCUAAUGGUCCAGUUCGUAUUCGUUGAUGACGCGGUCCUAGAAUUCCGAAUGUACGGAAAGCCUUAUCCCAAACCAUCGAACGCUACAGGAAAACCAAAAAAAACCCCUAAGGCCUUACGGUUUAUGGACAAUAGAUUGUUGUCUGAAAGAUUUGUCUUAGACGAACCGAUCUCUGUCAGUUCAGCGUUUACAAAUUCCUGUGCUAUUUAUUGCUAUUGUAUAUUGUUAUUAGUUUUUAAUAAAUUACUUUGAAGCAUGCUUUCAUUUUCAAGUGUGACGUAACGGUAUUAAUAAGUC